AUGGGUGAAAUAAGAUCCACAGAGAAAUCAAUUGAUGUUUCGGAUCCACUCACCUUGCAUCACUCGGAUCACCCGAGAAUUGUUUUGGUAUCCAGGCUUCUUGAAGGAUACAACUAUGGCCAAUGGAGUCGAUCUAUGCGUCUCAAUCUUAGCGCAAAGAAUAAGAUCGGCUUUGUCGAUGGGUCUUUCAAAGCCCCAGCAUCUACAGAUGCGAAACACUCUAUUUGGCAACGAUGCAACGACAUGGUAUUGUCGUGGAUCUUGAAUUCAGUACAUCCGGACAUUACCGGCAGCGUGAUCUAUGCCGAAACAGCGGCUGAAGUUUGGAAUGACCUCAAAGAGAGGUUUUCACAGGGCAAUGAUUCCAGAAUUUACCAACUCCAACAAGAAAUUGUUGAACAUCGACAGGGACAGCAAUCUGUCUCGGCUUAUUACACCAAGAUGAAGGCACUUUGGGACGAGUUGUCUUCCUACCAUGACACUUUAUCAUGCACGUGUGGAGGAUUGAAGGAAGUUGCUGCACGACAAGAGAAAGAAAGAGUCAUGCAGUUUCUUAUGGGACUAAAUGAGACUUACGCCGCCGUCCGGGGACAGAUUUUGAUGAUGCAACCCCUUCCUGAUACACGCAAGGUCCAUGCCUUGAUACUCCAGCAAGAACGACAGGUUGAAGUAGCUGCACGACGUGACAACAAUACUAGUCAUCAUGCAAUGAAGGUUGUUCAACCCAGCCGUUCACCUGCAGCUCAAGGGAAUCUGACUCCCUUAAAGUGUAGUUACUGUGACCAAGAACGACACAGCGUCGAUCGCUGUUAUUUUCUCCAUGGUUUUCCCGUGGGCCAUAAGCUACAUGGGAAAAAUGUGAAGCCACCCAACCGAAGGAAAUCAGCUGCACAUAAUACUCAAGCAAGCCCUGUGGAGUCAACUCAGGCACCAACUACCACUCCUAAUGAGAAGCCUACAUUCACCACCGAAGAGUACACUCAACUUGUGGCGCUGCUUCGGAAAGAGAAUGGUAAUACACCACCUUUUGCAAAUGCCACAGGUAUUGUUACCCCCACAUGCUAUAACACAGUACAUGCUUCUCACUCUACUCUGUAUUGGAUAGUAGACAGUGGGGCAACGGAUCACAUAUCCCAUUCCGUGCCCUCAAAUCCCAUGACUCCGUCACAAAAUGACUUUGUUGAAUUACCUUAUGGUGGGCAUGCUAAAAUCACAUCGGUUGGUUCUGUUAAAUUGACCAAGGAUUUAGUUCUUGAUGGUGUUCUACAUGACGUGGCUACGAAGAGGAUGAUUGGCCUGGGCAAGCAACAUAAAGGGCUCUACUACAUCACCCGCCAACAGAACCCACACCUAGUACACCAUGUCAACCGUCAUUCCAGCCUCUGGCACCAACGUCUUGGACACCCAUCUGCUGCCCCUCUCCAAGCUUUAUCCAAAAGCAUUCCUGAAGUUUCAUUGUUGAAAUCUUUGUUUUCUUGGGUGCAAACCCAAUUUAAUUGUCGCAUUAAGUCUUUGCGUGCUAACAAUGGGGCAGAAUUCAUAUCCAUGCGAAAUUUUUUUGAUGACAAUGGCGUAUUCUUCCAACAUUCUUGUCCCUCAACGCCUCAACAAAAUGGGGUUGUUGAGCGCAAGCAUCGUCAUCUUUUAAAUGUGGGGAGGGCUCUUAGAUUCCAGGCUCACUUACCAUUGUCCUUUUGGGGAGAAAUCCGGGUCUUACCACUACCUCCAGACAUCUCUCAUAGCCCAGAUGACCUUAUUGGCCCAGAUGACACCUCAUCCUCUUCCCUAGUUGAUAACUCUAAUCUUUCCAACCCAUCUCCAGUUGUUAGCCCAGAUAUAAACAUUCCCGACAAUUCCCAAUUGUCACCUAACCAAAUCCUGGUUGUCACAACCUCCCUUUCUGAGCUGCAGCUUCGUCGUUCUGACCGUGUUCCUCAGCCCAACAUCAAGCUUCGUGAUUAUCAUGUUUAUCACGCCAGUUUGCUUGACCCCAGUGCCACCUCUGCCACGUCCAGCACCCGCUAUCCAUUGACUCGGUACGUUUCUUACUCCCACUUGUCUAAUGCUCAUCGUUCUUUUGUGACCAACAUAUCCCACUUGGUAGAACCAGUUUCUUAUGAACAGGCUAGUAUGGAUCCAAAAUGGGUUGAGGCUAUGCAGACUGAACUUGACGCUCUUGCUGCAAAUAAUACUUGGACCAUAAUGCCAUUACCUUCUGGUCACCGAGCCAUUGGAUGUCGGUGGGUAUUCAAAAUCAAGUAUAACUCCGAUGGUACAGUUGAACACUACAAGGCGCGUCUUGUGGCCAAAGGAUUUACCCAACGUGAAGGAAUUGACUACAAGGAGACUUUUGCUCCUGUUGCCAAACUCAUUACUGUGCGAUGCCUUUUGUCUGUUGCUGCCAUUCGCAAUUGGUCUUUGCAUCAACUUGAUGUGCAAAAUGCUUUUCUUCAUGGUGAUCUCCAGGAAGAAGUCUACAUGCAGCCUCCUCCCGGAUUUCGUCGACAGGGGGAGAGAGUUGUAUGUCGACUCAACAAGUCCUUGUAUGGGCUUAAACAAGCAUCUCGCAGUUGGUUCCACAAGUUUUCUCAUGCUAUUCAAGAAAUUGGCUUUCACCAAUCCCGGGCUGAUUAUUCUUUAUUCACCAAGGUGUGUGAUAAUUCUUUCACUGCUAUACUCCUUUAUGUUGACGAUAUGAUCAUCACAGGGAAUAAUGAAGAUGCCAUUGUUUGCCUCAAACGGUUCCUUCACACAAAAUUUCGCAUCAAGGAUCUUGGACCACUCAAAUAUUUCCUUGGUGUUGAAGUUGCACGCUCCAAAGAUGGGAUUUCUAUUUGUCAACGCAAGUAUGCCCUUAACAUACUUGAAGAGGCCGGAUUACUUGGUGCAAAACCCGCAAUGUUUCCAAUGGAGCAGCACUUGAAAUUGACGCCUACAGAUGGUGUCAUUCUCAAGGAUCCUACACAUUAUCGCAGAUUGGUUGGAAGAUUAAUCUAUUUGACAAUCACAAGACCGGAAAUUGCAUAUUCCGUCCACAUUCUUAGCCAAUUCAUGCAACAGACAAGAAAGCCUCACCUAGAUGCAGUGCAUCGCCUUCUUCGAUACUUAAAGAUAGCUCCGGGUCAAGGGUUGCUCUUUCCCUCACAAGGCAGUUUAAUAUUACGGGGUUAUUGUGAUGCCGAUUGGGCAAGAUGUCCCACCACGAGAAGGUCCAUCUCGGGUUACUGUGUUUUUCUUGGUAAUGCUCUUAUAGCUUGGAAGACGAAGAAACAAACUACUGUUUCCAGAUCAUCAGCUGAAGUUGAGUAUCGCUCAAUGGCAGCAAUCACAUGUGAACUCACUUGGCUGAGGUAUCUACUACGCGACUUGUGCAUUGAUCAUUCUGAGCCGGCAACGUUGCACUGCGACAACCAAGCGGCAAUACAUAUUGCAGCCAAUCCAGUUUACCAUGAACGUACCAAACAUAUUGAACUUGAUUGCCAUACUGUACGAGAAAGAAUUCAAAGAGGAGAAAUCAAGACGACAUACGUACAAACUGGGAAAACAGAUUGCUGA